UUUAUGCUGCAGCUAUGUAUCCUCUACGUCUGAUCAAUGAGACUCCAAAAUGAGGAAUCUUGCCCUGCCUCAGCCGGCACUGAAGCGUACAGCAAUCCAGUCCUUCCUCCCAGGACUGGCUGACAAAAUUUGGGUAUCUGCCUCCUCCAGACCCUGUCACGGGGCAGCUGCAGACACAGGAGGAGCUCACCAAGGCCAUCACUGCCAUGCAGAGGUUCGGGGGGCUUGAGGCCACAGGAGUCCUAGAUGAAGCCACCCUGGAGCUAAUGAAGACCCCUCGCUGCUCUCUGCCCGACCUCACCACUGAAGAGACCAGGAGGAAGCGAUUUGCCCAGACUGUGACCAAGUGGAGAAAAAGGAACUUGUCCUGGAGAGUUCGCACCUUCCCAAAAGAGUCCCACCUGGGCCAUGACACUGUCCGAGCCCUGAUGUACUAUGCCCUGAAGGUCUGGAGUGACAUUACUCCGCUGAAUUUCCAUGAAGUGGCAGGAAACAAUGCUGACAUCCAGAUAGACUUCUCCAAGGCAGAUCACAACGAUGGCUAUCCCUUCGACGGGCCUGGUGGGACAGUGGCACAUGCUUUCUUCCCUGGAGACCAUCACACAGCAGGGGACACUCAUUUUGACGAUGAUGAAUAUUGGACCUUCCGAUCAUCAGAGACUCACGGGAUGGACCUAUUUGCUGUAGCUGUCCAUGAGUUUGGCCAUGCCAUUGGCUUGACCCACAUCUCUGCCAUAGAGUCUAUCAUGAGACCCUACUACCAAGGUCCAGUGGGGGAUCCUCUGAAGUACGACCUGCCUUACGAGGACAAAGUCCGGAUCUGGCAACUCUAUGGAGUCAGGGAAUCGGUGUCCCCCACAGCCAAGCCUGAAGUAAGCAAAACAGACAACCAUCCAAUCCUGCCAGAGCUGCCAGAGAACCGCUCCACUGUUCCGCUCAGGCGGGAUGUGCCCGACAGGUGUAACACGCACUUCGAUGCAGUGGCCCAGAUCCGGGGAGAGGCUUUCUUCUUCAAAGGCAAGUACUUCUGGAGACUGACUCGCAAUAAGCACUUGGUGUCCCUCCAGCCGGCUCAGAUUCACCGUUUCUGGCGGGGUUUGCCACUCAAUCUGGACAGCCUGGACGCAGUCUAUGAGAGAACCAGCGACCACAAAAUUGUCUUCUUCAAAGGAGACAGAUACUGGGUCUUCAAAGACAACAACGUGGAGGAAGGAUACCCGCGGCCAAUUUCGGACUUUGGCCUGCCCCUGGGAGGAAUCGAUGCUGCUUUCUCCUGGGCUCACAAUGACAAGACUUACUUCUUUAAGGACAAUCUCUACUGGCGCUACGAUGACCAGGAGCAGAGGAUGGAUCCCGGGUAUCCUUUGGUGGCCGUCCUGUGGAAGGGGAUACCCAGCCCUUUAGACGAUGCCAUGAGGUGGUCAGAUGGUGCAAGUUACUUCUUCAAGGGCAAGGAGUACUGGAAGGUGUUGGACAGUGAACUGGAGGUGCAGCCCGGGUACCCACAGUCCAUCGCCAGGGACUGGCUGGUAUGCAGUAACAUGCAGGCUGAUGCCCCCGAGGCAGCCGGGAGCAGCAGGACUGGGGCACGCUCCAGGCCGGGGCAGCACGACGAGAACCGCUCGAAGAAUGGCUACGAAGUCUGCUCCUGCACCUCUGGCACCCCAUCCCUGCACCCGCACCCCAUGCCCAAACUGACAGCCAGUCUCAUGCUGGCUGUGUGGACAGCAGCGCUGGUCUGUGCAACCCUCUGACAGCUCAUCUCACCGCCAGGACAACACCAUGGUGCUCUGGAAUACAGCUCCGUGAUUGCUGACUGUUGCAAGCAGAAAAAAGAACAUUCCUAGGAACAUGCCAGUGAAGGGUUUGAAUUCUCCAUGAGAAAUGAACAGUGAUUUUGUUUCGGGGUUUUCUUUCUUUUUAAUUUUAGUUUAAAGGUCUAAUAACAGAGUUGCAUUCUGCACCUUCUUAUUUCCCCAUCCAGUUAAAGAUGAGAGCAGUGUCAUGUUGAAUUUAGAAACGCUCCGUAGAUGUAUGUUGCUCUGGAUGUUUAAACACAGCAAACAAGGGAGGAUCCCCACAAUCCCCUCCUGGGAUGGAGUAGGGACAGAAGAGAUGCUGCUGAGGUAGACAGCAACAGAAAGGCAGCUGGCAGGAGGUAGCAGUUAUGUGCUGACACAGUGUACACAUCCCAUUGGAUGUACCAGGUAGAAGAAACUGUGACUCCACUAAGAUUAAUGGCAAAAUGAUUUUUCAUUAUUUUACUGUCAAGCCUGCUGUAGUCACUGAUGUCUGAGUAACCUGUAUCAGUUUCUAUGGGUCAGAAAUACCUUUGCCUUUCAGAAGGCACUGCAGCUUAUCUUUGUAUAAGAGUCAUUGUAAUUUAACGAUUUCUCUAAUAAACUUUGACCACCUACAUGAGA